CGACCCGUAGUUUCUGCCACUGGCCUCCCAGCCUGGAGCGUUUGUGGCGUUUUCUCCGGAAAAUGUCUCUGCAGGAGCCGCCGGUGACGGUCAGCGACCUGCAGCAGCUGCUGAAGAAGAAGGACGAAAUUGAGGCCCAGAUCAAGGCCUACUAUGAAGUCCUGCAGGAUCAAAAAGGGGUUGGAAUGAGUGAGCCACUCGUAGACGCUGACGGCUACCCUCGGGCAGAUGUGGACAUCUACCAAGUCCGGACCGCGAGACACAACAUCAUCUGUCUGCAGAACGACCACCAAGCCCUGAUGGAGCAGGUGGAAGAGGGACUGCAUCAGCUGCACGCCCGGGAGAAAGAGAAGCGUGACCAGGAUGAGGCCGAGGCUCGUGCCGAAGCCCAAAACCAGGCCUUGCCCCAGCCCUUCGCCCGAGUGAACGCCGUCAGUCCCGGCUCCCCAGCCAGCUUCGCGGGUUUACAAGUGGGCGACGAGAUCGCCGAGUUUGGCUCGGUUAACAGCCAGAAUUUCCAAUCGUUGCAGAACAUUGCAACCGUGGUUCAGCACAGUGAGGACAAACCCUUAAGGGUGACUGUGAUCCGAAGAGGGGAAAAAACCCAUCUGGGGCUGACCCCAAAGCGCUGGAGUGGGAAAGGACUUCUGGGCUGUAAUAUUGUUCCUUUGCAAAGAUGACUUCGACUGAUGAGCCAACUCGUGUUUUUUUGGUGACAUGUCAUUUUGAUCAUCUCUCCGAAGAAGCUGAAAUGGCUAAAAUGAAUUUGGAAUUUGGGGCUUUUACUGUGUUUCCUGCAGAUGCCAUUUGAAUUUUUUUUUCCCUGAUUCCCAAAAGGUAUUCAGUACGUUUUAACUUGGGUGUAAGGACAAGUUGCUCAAUUCAUGGUGGAAUUGAGCAACUUAGUUUUGUGGCCUUCCUUUGGAUUCUUCCCUGUUUGGUCCAGGAACUGGACAAUAAAGAUUUAUGCCAUUCUCCU